GAGAUUCCGUAAGCUUCCACAAGGUUCCGAUUCCGAUUCCGGUUCCGAAGCGGGAAGCGGACGUCCGAUGAAGCUUCCGUGCAACGUAGCUAAUACAUAACCAACUUCGUCUCUUGAUCUCUACUAACAAUUACCGAAAACCAAAGCACACGAAUUUUCAAAUCUUUCUCCUCUCUCUCUCUCUGUUUUCCUCGUAGAUCCCUUUCUGUGUGUUCGAAUCUGAAGAUCAUGGGUGAGAAAGGCAUCUCAGGUAAUCUCAAGAAACUAACGAUCGAGACAGGACGUUCAGAGACUCUCGUGGUCUGUUUCGGUGAAAUGCUGAUCGAUUUUGUGCCAACGGUGGGAGGUGUUUCGCUCGCUGAAGCACCAGCUUUCAAGAAAGCUCCAGGAGGUGCACCUGCCAAUGUUGCUGUUGGUGUCUCUAGACUCGGUGGCUCCUCUGCUUUCGUUGGAAAGGUUGGUGAUGAUGAGUUUGGAAAAAUGUUAGCUGAGAUUCUAAAGCUCAACAAUGUGGAUAACUCUGGGAUGAGAUUCGACCACAAAGCACGUACUGCUCUCGCCUUUGUUACGUUAAGAGCUGAUGGAGAGAGGGAGUUUCUGUUCUUCAGACACCCGAGUGCUGAUAUGCUUCUUACCGAGUCUGAGCUUGACAAGAACCUAAUCCAAAAGGCCAAGAUCUUUCACUACGGAUCAAUCAGUUUGAUCAAGGAACCUUGCCGCUCGACUCAUCUUGCAGCUAUGAAAAUCGCUAAAGCCGCAGGGAGUCUCUUGUCUUAUGACCCCAACUUGAGGUUACCAUUGUGGCCAUCAGAGGAAGCUGCAAGGAAAGAGAUCAUGAGUAUCUGGGAUCUAGCUGAUGUUAUUAAGAUCAGUGAGGACGAGAUUACAUUCCUGACUGGUGGAGAUGAUCCUUAUAGUGAUGAAGUUGUGUUGCAAAAGCUCUUUCAUCCCAAUCUUAAGCUUCUUGUUGUGUCAGAAGGACCUAAUGGCUGUAGAUACUACACUAAGGAGUUUAAAGGUAGAGUUGGUGGAGUGAAAGUGAAAGCGGUUGAUACAACCGGUGCAGGAGAUGCAUUCGUGAGCGGUCUAUUAAACAGCUUAGCUUCUGAUCUCACUCUUCUCACUGAUGAGAAGAAACUAAGAGAGGCGCUUCUAUUCGCAAACGCUUGUGGAGCCAUCACAGUAACAGAGAGAGGAGCUAUUCCAGCGAUGCCCACCAUGGAUGCUGUUCAAGAGCUUCUCAAAUCUUCUCGCUCCUGAAAAUGCUCAUAAAGUCUCUUUUGAGUGAAUCACUUCAUUACCUUUCUCACUGUAUCUUUGUGUUUUUUUUUUCAAUCUUUUUCCCAGUUUGUAGGAACUCAAGAAUGUUGUGUGUGUGUGUGUGUGUUUUUAGUUUGUUGAUUGAUCUUCUGGAGUUUUGAUUUGGUUUUAAACUGCUUGUCGUUUCUUGUUGCCGAGGAUAAUCUUGGUUUUAAACUGCU